AUGGGGAAAAUCAACACGCAGCCAGUGAAACAGCACAACCUCAUUAAUACCGCGGAGAAGACAGCUCCGCACGGGGAGAGCCCCUCGCCACACGGGGGAAUUCUGCCUCCCUCCCGUCCUUCCCCCGCCCCCGCGGCCGCAUCCCCCAGGCUUUAUCGCCUGCUGACAGUGAAGCGGAUCAGCGGCCCCGCGGCCCCUCCCCAGCCCGCCGGGCAGCGCCCGUCCCGUCCCGUCCAGCGCCGGCGCCCUCGGCCGCCCCGCUCCGGCCCCUCGAGGAGCCCGGCAGUGCCCGCACGGCUUGAGGGACGCCGGCUCCGAACAUCCACCCACCCACCCUCCCUAUCCGCCCGCCCGCCCUCGCUGCAGCGCAGGCCCUCACCCGGUCGCUACUCGUGCGGCAGGAGCGGCGGCACCGCGGCCAUGGCCGGCUCAGCGCGGCGCGGUCCCGCUCCCGGCCGGGCCCGGCGCGCUGACACAUCAACAAAGAUGGCGGCGGCGGGCGGGGCCGGUGGAGGUGGGCGGGGCCGGGACAGCCCCGGGCGGCGGGAUCGGGACAGCCCCGGGCGGCGGGAUCGGGACAGCUCCGCGGUGCCGGCGGGGCCGGCGCUCCCUGCCCUGCCGCCCGGGACUGGCCAGGGCCGAGCGGGCGAUCGCGGCAGCCGCCGGGACCGGCAGGUGGCGCGGGACCCGUCUGGCCGCCUUCCCUCGCCCCCGUGCUGCUGCUGCCGCGUUCCCACCCGCGCCGCCCGGAGCUUGCGAUGCACUGACGGCGCUAAAAACUCCGAGCGGCUGGAUAUAGGACACAGGGCUGUGCUGGUGGUGCACUCUGCGCCAGGGGACAUUCAGGGUGGACAGUGGGAAGAAUUUCUCCGCAGAAAGGGUGAUGAGACACUGGACGGACAGCCCAGGGCGGUGCUGGAGUCACCGUCCCUGGAGUAUGAGAAGCUUGGAGACCUGGAUAGGCAGGAAGAGCAGCUGGUAGACAAGCAGCUCACCGUGAGUGAACAGGAUGCUGCUCCAGCAAAGAAAGCCAACAGGAUGGCUGCGCCGCGCCUCCCGGGUCGCGAUGGCCGCACCGCCGCCUGCGAGCGGCCGGGCAGCACAUGCCCCGCUCCGCCCCUGAGGGCCGGGGUGCCGCCAGGGCGGGGCGCAAUGAGCGGCACAACCCGCCGGGACCGGCUGGAGCCGUCCCUGGCCUGCGGGGGCCGCUGCUUCUUGUGUUCCCGACGGUCCUCGAGUGAGCGGCCGGCCCUGCUUCCCGCGUGGGGCAGCGCGGACGGCGGGGAGGCGGCCGGGGGUGAGCGCUGCUCUGAAGGGAGAGAGGGGCAGGGGGCGGCCCGGGUUGUCGAAAGCGCGUUUCUGGUGGAGUUGGUUUGCAGUGUCACUUUGAAGACUACUCUGCUUUAUUCGCAGGUGUCACAUUCUAAUUGGAUUAAUGGGAAGCCAAAGAAAUCGCAAUAUUCCUCUAAGAAUGCUUUUUCUAUUUGCUAUGAUAAGAGUUUCUUGAGUUUGUUAGUACCACCCCCUAAAGGGGGCACUUGCCAUCGUUGUGGUCUGUUUGGAAAGCUCAGAUGUUCACAGUGUCUGCAAACAUACUAUUGCUCUGCAGAUUGUCAGAAAAAGGAUUGGCCAGCACACAGAGUAGUUUGUGAGCCCCUUAAACAGAAUUUAAGUAAUAGCACAACCAAGACAGGAGUUUAUCUUAAGGAGGAAGUGAGGUUGAGUUUUGCUGUAGAUGUUGUUCUUCCAGAUUCUGAAGACUGCCUAAAUAAACUUCCCUUAGAAAUGAAGUCUCAUUUAACUUCAGGAAGUGAUUUCAAAGGAGACUCUCCAAGAGAAUCAGAAAACUGUUCAAAGGGAAGUGAAAAAAAUAUACCUGAGGUUGAAGACUCUCCUCACUGUGCUAAUUCAGUUGCCAAGUUUGUCUCUUUAAAUAUUGGAGAUGAAUUUUCUGGUGUGGUUUCCCACAUCCAAAAUCCAGACACCUUUUAUUGUCAACAGAUGCAAAGUGCCUGUCAACUUGCUGAGCUUGAAGCAUCUGUUAAUGAAUACUGUGACAAACUUCCCAAUAGUCCAUCUUUCCGUCCUGCUGCUGGUAAUGUGUGCUGUGCCCAGUUCACAGAAGACAACCUUUGGUAUCGUGCUGCUGUUAUAGCUUAUGCUUCUGAAGACACUGUUUUGGUGGACUAUAUGGAUUAUGGUAAUUCUGACUCUCUUCCGCUGACCAGACUUCGUCCUAUAAUUCCAAGCUUAAUGGAUUUGCCAGCUCAAGCCAUAAGAUGUAGUCUGGCAGGUGUGAAGCCACCACUAGGAAUGUGGACCUCAGAAGGUAUUUCUUACAUGAAAAAACUGGUGAAAGACAAAGUGUUGACAGUAAAAGUAGUGGCUAAAGAGAGUUACAGAUCUGUGGUGGAGCUUACAGAUGCAUCAGGUACUCCAGCAGUAAAUAUAUCGAGCCUUCUCAUCAAGGAAGGCUGUGCAGCUGAGGAACUGAGCAUGGCCUUACCAGCAGCCAGAGGGAGUGAUGUUGGGCAAGCCAAGGAGGACACAAGGAACAAAAGAAUGUGCAAGUGGAUUAAAUUAACUCUUAACCAAACACUCAGUGUCAUACUAUGUACAGUGUACAAUCCUGGAGAAUUCUACUGUCAGAUUUCAAACAGCCAUGAGUUACUUGCUCUAAACUCACUUAACAAAUCAUUGUCUGAAUACUGUCAGAAAACACCACCAGAUGUUUUUGAGCUUGAGAAUGGAGACCCUUGCUGUGCUUUUUACUCUGAGGAUGGUAACUGGUACCGUGCUGUGGUGCAAAGUAUCACUUCAGAUGGAAGUGUUAGAGUGAGCUUUGUGGACUAUGGAAAUACUGAAGAAGUGCCACUGAAUAAUAUCCGACAGAUCUCAUCCUCAUUCCUAGAACUUCCAUUUCAAGCAAUUAAAUGCUGGCUCUCAGGUAUAAAGCCUGGAAAUAGCAAAUGGAAUCCAGAAGCUACAAGAAGAUUUCAUAUGUGCACUUCAGGCUUAGAACUUCAAGCCACAGUAACUUCCCUUUCUGAAGAUGGGGCAGGUGUAGUGCUUACUGACAAUUCCACAGAUUGUCCAAAAAUUAUCAAUGAGAUACUAACUUCAGAAAAACUGGUUGUAAAGGAAGUUCUACAAGAUAAAAACUACUUCCCAAACAAGUCUGUUGACCAAAAAGCAACCUCACUUGGGCACUGGAAGUCAAUUGAAUUGGCUAUAGAUGAAACCAUGUCUGUCUGGGUAACAGAAGUUGUAAGCCCAGACUUGUUUUAUGCUGUACCCGUUCCAAAUAAAGAUCAAAAGAAGCUCCACAAGGAGCUGAUUUCACUGGAAGACUAUUGUAGAUCUUGUAACAAACAGCCCUUCCAGCCUAAACUGGGUGAAGCCUGUUGUGCUCAGUUUUCAGGUAAUGGCAAUUGGUACAGAGCAGUUGUUCUGGAAGCUUCCCAGUCUGCAGUGAAAGUCCUGUAUGGAGACUAUGGCAGCACAGAAACUUUACCCCUUUCAAAGGUGCUGCCAAUCACUGAUUCCUAUUUAAAGCUGCCUUUUCAGACAAUUACAUGUUCACUUGCAGGAAUAAAGAAAGCUGAAUGGUCUCCAUUAGUGCUUGAGAAGUUGAAAAAACUAUUAUUGAAGCAAUAUGUCACAAUUACAGUGAAAGGGAUUAAUGGGAAUGUUAAUUUAGUAACAGUGGAGAAACACUUGGACAAUGGUUAUGUGAAUAUAGCUGACAGACUGCUGAAGGAUGGUUUGGUCACAUCCUGCAGUGCUGAAAACUCGCACAGUGAACAUCAAGGUAAUGGAGGUGAGACCAACUGCUGCUGCACAGAAUUAAAAGUGCAACUUGAAAAGCAUAAGCAAGUCCUACUCUUUCUUCUAAACAAGUUUGGGAAUCCAGAUGGAUUCACUGAUAUGAAAAAUCUGUUGAAGCACUAA